CAAAUAGCGGAAACAAAAGAAAACACCAGUUUCUCAAAACAAAUAACAUCGAGUGUAUUUAAAGUAGGCAUUAGCUGUGACUGACAGCCGUCACCCUUGACACCAUAGCUGCCUGUCCUUCAGGAGGUUUGUUAUGGCGUUGAAAAGAAUACAGAAGGAGUUACAUGACCUGCAAAGGGACCCUCCUGCUCAGUGUUCAGCUGGACCUGUAGGAGAGGACAUGUUUCACUGGCAAGCUACAAUCAUGGGACCGACGGACAGCCCAUAUCAAGGAGGGGUGUUCUUCCUUGCUAUCCACUUCCCCACUGACUAUCCCUUUAAACCACCAAAGGUCGCCUUCACAACAAAAAUCUAUCACCCAAACAUAAACAGCAAUGGCAGCAUCUGUCUUGACAUCCUAAGGUCACAGUGGUCACCUGCACUUACAGUGUCAAAAGUUUUGCUAUCCAUAUGCUCUUUGCUGUGUGACCCAAAUCCAGAUGACCCGCUUGUCCCAGACAUUGCACACAUCUAUAAAUCUGACAAACAGAAGUACAACCGAUUAGCCAAAGAUUGGACUCAAAAGUAUGCAAUGUGAAAGACUGUGAAGUUUGGACAUAUUCUGGAUGCAGUACUGUUGCAACUCCUCAUCAACACCAGUUCUAGAUUUUUUUUUUUUUUUUUUUUUAAUGCUGGAAGCACUUUCUCUGCCCAGACUUGACUUAUCGUUUUAGUCUUGAAGUUUUUUUUUGUUUUGUUUUGGGUUUUUUUCUCCAUUUUUUAGCAUUUUUUAUUAUGAUUAUCAUGGUUAUUAUUAUUACCCUGGAGAAAAAUUGAUUUACCCUUUUAUUUUGUUCUUUAUAGAGAUUUAUAUUGUAUAGUACAAAACUAUACAGAGAAUAUUUUUUAUUAUUUUGCAUUAAAAAAACUGAAUCAAAAAUUAUUUCCUAAAUGUUUCCUCUUUCACUAAACAUGAGUGAACUGAAUAACUCCUUGCAGUGGCA